AUGGCCGAGGUCACCAAUCUCCACCGCCGACACCGGCAGCCUCCGUCCAGAAGACUCGUUCCCCCUCCCCCCGGGGCCCCCGCGCCGCACGAGGACGGACCGCCACAGGAGGAAGAAGAAUUUGACCAUCGGACCAGCGACAUGCUUUUCACCUAUGAUCCGUACAACCAUAUGUUCGACCCUCCCCAUAAUCCUCCCAACUCCUCCUACCUCGACGGUUAUUCGUCGUUGUUGGAUAUAAUUCUGGACGGGUCGUUCCGGCCCACGUACCACGAGUACGAGGAUCCCGAUUGCUUCUCCUCCGGAGGCGAAGAAGACGAUGACGGGACGAAUUCCAUCCCGGAAAUGUUCCAGCUGGGCCCGUUGUCGGAGGAUCUUCGUUUGGACAUCUGCACAGGCCGGGCGCAGGCGGUCACCGAUUCAGAGUCCGAUUCCGAGGUAAAUCUAGGGCUUGUUAAUAACGAUGACGAUGAUGAUUACGAUGCUUUUGGUGUUUUCAACGAUAAUUAUCGUGCUGGUGAUAAUGAGAGGGAGGAGUCUGAGUGGGAAGAGGUGAGUGAGAGAAAUCACUUUGAUGAGAGGGACAAUUUGAAUCUGGUGAUCAAUGGAAUCGAAGAAAUAUCUGUUUCCUCUGAUAUUUCUACUUCGGAUCGUGAAUACUCUAGUUUAGUGGACGAUGAUGAUGAUGAUGAUGAGGGCGCAGAAGAGCGCAGGAACUUGGAAUGGGAAGUUUUGUUGGCGAUGAAUAAUUUGGAGGGCUCUCUCGAGUCGGAUGCAGUUACCAACAUCCGGAAUGAAGUCCUGCCGCGCGUCAAUCUUCCGGAAGAUUACAUUUUCACCAUGGAAUAUGAUGCUGUUUUCGGGCAACUGGCGGAGAACGAAAGCUCAAUGAAGGGUAGUCCACCAGCUGCAAAGUCUGUGGUGGAGAAUCUGCCUUCGGCUGUGUUGACAAAAGAGGAAAUCGAGGAGAAUAACGAUAAUGGCAAGGUGUGCGCAGUUUGUAAGGAUGAGUUUGCGGCUGGGGAUAAAGGGACUGAGCUGCCCUGUUUCCAUUUGUACCAUGGGGACUGCAUUGUGCCGUGGCUUGGGAUUAGGAACACUUGUCCAGUUUGUAGGUAUGAAUUGCCUACGGAUGAUGCGGAUUACGAGAGGAAGAGGAGUGAGAGAGAGAGGUGGUGA